CUGGGCACGAGGUUUAAUUCGCUAUGGACAUACCGAACUCGCAAACUCACUUGUUUAAAAUGUUUGAUUGCAACGUGGUGUUUGGGAAGGGAAAGCUGACGCUGUGUGUGUGUGUGAGAGAGAGAGAGAGUCAGAUCGAGGGGAAUCUCUUUAAAUGAAAUUCCUCUGCCCUUGUAAUGGGAGCAGAUUUUAAAAAAACUGCGCAAUCGAUCAGCAUUCUCCCAGCUCUGAGUGUGAAACAGCCAGCAAUGUAAACUCAGACUCCGGAACUAAACUGGGCUUCACUUUGUAUCUGCCUUUGUCAGCCAAGGGCUGGUGAAGGCACCGAACGAGAAGCUCAGCAGAGGCGCAAGUGAUGGAGGAGACUCAGAAACCAGCUCUGGCGUCCUGCUGUCGCCUCGCACACAUCUUUCAGGUCGUUAGGAUUUGUCUCAUCUCCUACCCUCACCUCUUCUACCUGACGCUGUGUGUGCUGACGCUGAGUGGGGUGAAUGCUAGCCCAGAGACACUGUGUGGGGCAGAACUGGUGGAUGCUCUCCAGUUUGUGUGUGGCGACCGAGGCUUCUAUUUCAACAAACCCACAGGCUACAGGUCAAAUGUCAGGCGGCCACACAGAGGGAUUGUGGAUGAGUGCUGCUUCCAGAGCUGUGAUCUUAAGUUGCUCGAGAUGUACUGCGCAAAGCCCCAGCGAGCAACUGGCCCCGUACGUAUCCAACAUCACACUGAGAAAGGACAGAGGGAGAAUGCGUGGAGGAAUCCCAACCGGGCUAAUGCCAGCAGUAUCCAGCGUAAUUCCCGAAUCUGAGCGAUUAGGCAAGGAAGAUGGGAUCAGUGGCGAACCUGUCCCAGGAUAACACUGGUGUGGGCUCACUGCAAAGCGAUAUAACUUUCCACAGUCAGAGUCACACACUAGUCACAAGUCAACAAGACAGAUCUGUUAUUGAGUGAGCUCUUCUAUGGAAAGCACAAUUUUUUUGCUGCCUUGUCAGAAUUCCAGAGUUUUGUUGGGGGCCGGGGAAUGCAUAGAAGGUUUUUGAAUGGAUUCUUGCUACAAGAGAACAAUGUGUCUUUCCCAGCAGGAGUGUUACAUCCAAAUGUCCAAAGCCGACAAUGAGUUGAUCAAUUGCAUUUUUGUGGAUCAUUAGAGGGCCAGAGACUAAGAAACAGAUUUCAAUUCAACUUGCAACCAAAGAUUGUGGCAUAUUUCCUUAUUAAGAAGCUAAUUGUAAUCGUAGAUGGUGCUGGAUUCAUGGUUGAUUGUGCAGGACACUAAUAUACAUAUCAGUAGCAGGUUUGCAAAAUCAAAAAAAAAUCAUUCUAUUUACAUUGGGCUGCAACAAAUUAGGACUUGCGUUUUCACCCAGGAUGGGCUGUGCUAGGUUUGGGGAGGGCAAGUGAUGGUGAUAAGUUGAGGCUGUGGCUCUGAUUGCAACUUAUACGCAGUUGUGGCAUGGAUGCAUGGCAGUAAGGUAAUUUGGCUAUAGGACAAAAAUGCAAGCUAAGUUACAGGUACUUUCAAUAUUUGCACACUUGAGUGUGUUGAUUUUUUGUAACUGCAGAUACCAUAAGAUUACGGAAUCCAAUCUGAUACAAUUCCACUGAUAACCCAGGAUUUCAAUCAGUACAAUAAGGUCUCUGACUCCUCGGUAUUUUGUUGCUAAGAAACUGUAAUUUUUUAAACUUGAAGUUUGCACAAGGAUCACACUAUUCUAAAUCAGGAUUUUGUAGCUUCAUCUCCACCUUUAGCAAAUCUGCAUUUUAAGAACAGGACUUCACUCUGUUCACCUUAUAAUGUGACAGUAACAACUUCUUUAAUGAACUACUUCUUUCAACCUUUAUCUGAAGGAUAGGAUUAGAUUGAGUUUCCAGCACAGAAACAGGCCAUGGGGAGUUAGUUAGCUCAGUUAGCUGGACAGCUGGUUUGUGAUGCCAGUGGUUCAAUUCUCACACUGGCUGUUAUUGUCGAGAACUGGCCUGAGGUGUGGUGAGUCUCAGUUUAAACUACCACCGGUUAUUUCUCUCCAGUGAGAAUACAGCCCUAUGAUCUGGUAAGAUUUGGUGAACUUUUAGAUCACGUAAUUGUGUGACACAUUGCAGGAAUGAAAGUGAUGAUGGUUAGAUUUUCUCUGUGGUUGGAAAUGGUCCUUAUUCAGCAUUUGAGUUGAGUGAUGCAAAUAUAAUUUACUAUUUAUCAGCCCAAGUCUGAAUAUUGCCCUGGUUUUACACCAACAGGAACACAAACCGCUUCAGAUUUCCUCUUCUUCAGAUGACUAAGAAAUGGUAGGGAAGUGGGACCAUUUGGGAGCCAGCAUGGAGAUGAUAGGCUAAAUUGUCUCAUUCUGCACUGUAACAAUUCUGUGCUAUAUUAUUUGAGGAGAUGUCAAUGCAAUUGACCGCUGUGUAAUCAUAAGCAAACAAACCCCUUCUGACCUUAUGAUGGAGGGACGGUCAUUGAUGAAGCAGCUGAAGAUGGUUGGGCCUAGAACUCUAGCCUGAACUAGUGAUGUUCUGGAGCUGAGAUAAUUGGCCUUUUACAACUGUAACCAUCUUUCUUUUUGGUGGGCAGGAGUCAAAAUAAUCUUUUCUUGGGGCCUUUCUUGAGAAUUUGUUAAGGGCUUUUAAUUAUUGGGGACUGCUUUUUGGAUUUCUGGAGCUCCUUUUCUGUGCUCUCCAACUCAUUUAUUGGCUGAUACAGUCACAUAGUACCUUUUUAUUUUCUGCAUUUGUUUUGGCAUCGGCAUAUUUGUACUCACAGAAGCAGUAUCACCAACACUAAAAUUAUCAACCUUCUUUCCAACUUAAUAUGCCGCCAUAAUAUGCAGGGAAAGCAUUCAUUUCCACUAAACUGCAAUCAAGAGUCUACAAUAUUAUUGUGGUGUGGGAGUUACAUGCAAAUCAAAUCCAGACAAAGACAAUAGACUUCCUUCCCAACAGGAGAUCAGCGAAUCAGAUGGGAUUUUACAGUAAUUUACAAUUAUUGACACUAAAACUGGCUUACUGCUCCAGAUUUAUUUAAUGAAUUGAACUGUAAGUCACCAGUUGACAUGGUAGGAUUUGAAUUCACAUCAUUAGCCCAGGCCUCUGGAGCACUCCAGUCCCGUUUAUGAUUCUGCACUCAAGGCAAGACCAUUAUGGCUUGGAUGAGUGUCUAGUUUAGGGUUUAGAUAUGAAGUUUUUUGUGUGAAGGACAGCUGUAAUUAGUUUACAUAAAUAGUAAAUGGAUAAUCUACCAUUUUACAUGGCUCAUUGCAAACCCACUUUACAACAUUUGUUGGACAUCCCUUUUCAUCCUUUAAAUCCUUCCCAUGAUUCCUUCCCAUGAUUACCACAAGCUUCUCACCACAUAUUAUUUGCAUUGCAAGCUCAAUGAUCACCACCAUUCAUUGCAGGUUGUCACUGUAGAACGUAUCUGUGGAUCACAGUAGCCUGAAUUGUGUUUCUAUAUUAUUGUUCAAUUUUCUGCACAAGAUACAUCUUAAAUAGGUACUCUUUAUGGGUAUUUACAGUAAUUAUAGUUUAGCAAGCAGCAGACAAGGCUCAAUCUGGUGAAGAACAUGCGAGAACUAAAUAGGCAGAGAAGUUAAGACAAUGUGUUGACUCUUAACUGUCCUCUGAAAUGCCGCUCAGUUCCAGGGCAAUUAGGGAUGGGGAAAAAUUGCUGGCUUCUCCCACAUCCCAUUUAAGAAAAAAGAACACAACAACUUCCAAAUCUGAAAUUGAAGUUAAAAUAAAUGUUUUAAUGGUUUUCACUGUGUGGCUGAAAUGGGUGAUUUCACAUUUUGAACUUAACUGUUUUACAUGAUGCUGGGGAUGUACUUUAUUUACAAGGCAUUACUCACAAAGUAUGUUCAGUUUGAAGGUGCUGUUAUAUCAUUUAUUUACCAAGUAAUUGACCUCAAAUUUUGUGUAACAAACCAGCCAACAUCUUCUGAGAACGCAUGCAGCAAACGUAGCUUU